AUGUCGUAUCAGAACUUCAACCUGCUCGAUGUUGACGACGACGACUUCGAGCCCAAAGGCCCUGGGGGCUCACAACACCAACACCAACCGGGUCCGUCUUCCAGCAGACCUACUCUGACGCCGUUUGACAGCAUACAAGAUGGCGACACAUUUAUCGAGGCCGACGACUACGAUGCAUACGGCGACAGUGGCAAGCGACCGAUGGAAAAGCCGCCACAGCGAGGGAACAGCAUGUAUGGAAACAUGAAGGCGCGUCUGGGGUUUGGAGACCCGGACUACUCGGAGAUGGACCUGCCAUUGAACGAACGCACUCCCUACGAGAGAGAUGCUGAGUCGAUCAAUGCCGGAAUCUCCGAUGCUAGACCUUCGGGAACAAUGAACCGAACGAAAAUCAGAUCAAAGGUCAAAAAAAGCACCAUGAGUAUGCCCGAUUUCGACAUUCGACGCAUGUGGAACCGGAUGCGAGGCCACCAGGAGGAGCGGGGCCCCGAUGGACCGCGAGUUGUGCAUCUCAAUGACCCGGACGCCAACUCUGCGCUCAGAUAUGGUGAUAACCACAUUUCCACCACAAAGUACAACCUGUUUACGUUCCUGCCAAAGUUCUUCUUUGAGCAGUUCUCCAAGUAUGCCAACCUGUUCUUUCUGGCCACCGCGUGCAUCCAGCAGGUGCCCAACGUAUCGCCUACAAACAGAUGGACGACGAUUCUGACGCUGCUGGUGGUGCUGAUUGUGUCGGCUGUCAAGGAGCUGGUGGAGGACUUUAAGCGAGCGGCUGCCGACAAGGAGCUCAACUCAUCAACGGCCUACGUGCUAGAAGGAUCGUCGUUUGUGGCGAGGAAGUGGAUCGAUGUUGCAGUGGGAGACAUUGUGCGGGUGGACUCUGAAGAGCCCAUCCCUGCCGAUGUGGUCCUCCUGGCAUCUUCCGAACCCGAGGGUCUGUGUUACAUUGAGACUGCCAACCUGGACGGAGAGACCAACCUGAAGAUCAAACAGGCUCACGGAGAUACGGCUCCGUACGUGUCUCCCAGUGAGCUUUCUCGAGUCAGAGGCCAGCUAGAUUCCGAGCUACCCAACUCCUCUCUUUACACUUAUGAGGCGACCCUGAAGAUUGACGGACGGCCCCCGAUUCCCAUGUCUCCCGAGCAGAUGUUGCUUCGAGGAGCCACUCUGCGAAACACCGGAUGGAUCCACGGUCUGGUUGUGUUCACUGGUCACGAAACAAAGCUCAUGAGAAACGCCACAGCUGCUCCUAUCAAGAGAACGGCCGUGGAACACAUGCUGAACAUCCAGAUCAUCUUUUUGUUUACAAUUCUCAUUGUUCUGGCCGUGGUUUCCUCUCUGGGUAAUGUUAUCAUGAUCAGAGUCAACACCAAUCAGCUGAGUUAUCUCAUGUUGGCGGACCUGAAUCUCGGAGCACAGUUCUUCCUCGAUCUGCUCACUUACUGGAUUCUCUUUUCUAACCUGGUGCCAAUUUCUCUGUUUGUGACUGUCGAAAUCAUCAAGUUCUACCAGGCUUACCUAAUUUCCUCUGAUCUGGACAUGUACUACCGACCCACAGACACUCCUGCCGUUUGCAGAUCGUCUUCAUUGGUUGAAGAGCUGGGCCAGAUUGGCUACGUCUUCUCAGACAAGACAGGUACUCUGACUCGAAACAUUAUGGAGUUCAAGGCCUGUUCUAUUGCCGGGCGAGCUUAUGCAGAGGAGGUUCCCGAGGACCAACGAGCGACCGAGGACGACGAUAACAACGCCGACGACCCUGACUCGUUCGGAUUCCACGACUUCAACGAGCUCAAACGAUCCACUACUCAGCAUGCAUCUGCAGGAGUCAUCCAGGAGUUCCUCACUCUGCUGGCUACUUGUCACACUGUCAUUCCUGAGAUUCGAGACGAUGGCUCAAUCAAGUACCAGGCCGCUUCUCCCGAUGAGGGUGCUCUUGUUGACGGUGCUGCUACCCUCGGAUAUGCCUUUGCUAUGCGAAAACCCAAGACUAUUGGAGUUGACGUGAAACACGAUACAGAUACCAACCCUGCCGAGAGCCGGGAGUACGAGCUUCUCAACGUCUGUGAGUUCAACUCGACCCGAAAGCGAAUGUCUGCCAUUCUGCGAUGCCCUGAUGGAAAGAUCCGACUGUAUUGCAAGGGUGCAGAUACCGUUAUUCUCGAGCGUAUGGCGCCCAACAAUCCCUACGUAGACGCCACUAUGCGACAUUUGGAGGGAUUUGCCGCCGAAGGUCUCAGAACUCUUUGUUUGGCUGUCCGAGUUGUUCCUGACGAGGAAUAUGCUGCGUGGAACAAGCGUUUCGUGGAAGCUCAGACCACUCUCAACAACCGAGCCCAGAAACUCGACGAUUGUGCUGAGGAUAUUGAGAAGAACCUGUUCCUCCUCGGAGCUACAGCCAUUGAGGAUAAGCUUCAGGAUGGUGUUCCUGAGACUAUCCACACUCUCCAGUCUGCUGGAAUUAAGGUGUGGGUGCUCACCGGUGACCGACAGGAGACCGCCAUCAACAUUGGAAUGUCUUGUAAGCUGCUGUCUGAGGACAUGUCGCUUCUGAUUAUCAACGAGGAAGACUCGGCUUCUACUCUGGAUAAUAUCCAGAAGAAACUGGCUGCCCUACAAGGGUUGCGAGAGAACGACAGUGACUCUCUGGCUCUGGUAAUCGACGGCAAGUCUCUUGGAUUCGCUCUUGAGGACGAGAUGGAGGAAAUAUUCCUAGAACUGGCUCUGCUUUGUAAGGCUGUCAUUUGUUGUCGAGUCUCGCCUCUUCAGAAGGCUCUUGUUGUCAAGCUGGUCAAGCGAUACACCUCCGACUUGCUUCUGGCUAUCGGAGACGGUGCCAAUGAUGUUUCUAUGAUUCAAGCUGCUCACGUGGGUGUUGGUAUUUCUGGUAUGGAGGGUAUGCAGGCCGCCCGGUCUGCUGAUGUGUCUAUUGGCCAGUUCCGAUACCUGCGAAAGCUGCUGCUUGUACAUGGAGCCUGGUCCUACCAGCGACUGUCUAAGGCCAUUUUGUACUCUUUCUACAAGAAUAUUGCUCUGUACAUGACCCAGUUCUGGUACACCUUCUUCAACGGCUUUUCCGGUCAGUCGAUUUAUGAGUCGUGGACCAUCACCUUCUACAAUGUCUUUUUCACCGUUCUGCCUCCAUUUGUCAUUGGUAUCUUUGACCAGUUCAUUUCUGCUCGUUUACUUGAUCGAUACCCUCAGCUCUACCAGCUUGGUCAGCAUCGAGCCUUCUUCAACGUUCGACAGUUCUGGGAAUGGGUUGCCAACGGUUUCUACCACUCCAUUAUUCUGUAUUUUGGUUCUUGCGGUGUAUACAUGACAUCCAGAGAGUUGCCCAACGGUCUCACUACCGAUCAUUGGGUUUGGGGUACUGCUCUUUUCACCUCGUGUAUCCUAACGACCCUCGGUAAGGCUGCUCUGGUGACCAAUAUGUGGACCAAGUUUACGCUGAUUGCCAUUCCCGGCUCGUUCCUGCUUUGGAUCGGUAUUUUCCCUGCAUACGCCACUGUGGCUCCCAUGAUCAACGUGUCAAGAGAGUACCGAGGCGUUCUGGCUCACACUUAUCCUACCAUUGUGUACUGGGCCAUGACCUUUUUGCUGCCUACCAUCUGCCUGCUCAGAGACAUGCUGUGGAAGUACUACCGGCGAAUGUACGAUCCCCAAGCCUACCAUUACGUGCAGGAGAUCCAAAAGUACAACAUUGCCGAUUACCGGCCACGAAUGGAGCAGUUCCAGAAGGCCAUCAGAAAGGUGCGACAGGUACAGCGAAUGCGAAAGCAGCGAGGUUUUGCCUUCUCGCAGGCCGAUGAAGGCCAGGAGAAGGUCAUUCGAGCUUACGAUACCACUCAACAGAGAGGUCGACACGGAGAGAUGCGUCAUGCAGACGAGUACCGUACUGACGAACACAGCGAUGACGGCUACAACAACAACAACAACAACAACAAUCCCUUCGACGAUUCUGCGCAUAAGAACUUGGCUCCCAAUCCUUUUGAGCUAGAGUAA